GGCUCAGCCGGCUGUGUGUGUGAGGGAGUGUGUGUUCAUGUGAGGUGUGUGUGAGGGAACUCAUCAAGACGCUGUGUUCCAGACCAGGAUGAAGACUGUGUUGGGACUUCUCUUGCUGUUGGCUGCAUCUACUCACGGUGUUUUUACAUUCAAAAGAUCCAAGUGGGUGUUUUAUAAUGAGUUCAACACCAAAUCAGUCCUCCAGAGGUGGCAGUUUGUUCCUGAUAACGGGACCAUGAUUAUCAACCCUGCAGAGAGGAGAGACACAGGAACAUACAGAGUGGAGACCAGUGAUGAGUCGACAGGGAAAGUGAAUCCUUACACAGUGCAGCUGACCAUAGAAGCCCCUGUGUCUGAUGUGGACCUGUCAAUCACCUGCUCAGCCAAUGGGGAGAGGAGCAUCAAGUGCUCCUCCAAUGGGGACAGUCCUCAGUACAGCUGGUCUCUGGAUGGGAGGCCUCUGGAUGAAGCUGAUGCUGAUCUCAGUUCAGAUGACCAGACUCUCCUGCUGAGGGGGAACGUGACGGGACAACUCACCUGCAGCGUCAGCAACCACGUCAGCAGCACACACACCACCAGACUGAUGGAGCUCUGCUCUGGUGCCUCCACCACUGUGUCUGUCACACCAACUAACCACCCCCUCCCCUCUGCCCCUACAGAGAGCCCAGCCUCAGGAACUACAGUUAUGUAUGUGUCCUGCUUCCUGGUGUUGAUCCUGGUGUGUCUGUGUGUUGCUGUGUGGAUAUUCUACAGCUGGAGGAGAAGGAGAAAUGCACACACACCAGUAAAGCCAGAAGACCCUGAUGAUGUGAUGUAUAUUGAGGUGACCAGCAAUGCCAGAGGAAGAAGAUCAGAAAUGCAUGCCCAGGACGUGGUGUAUUCUGAUGUUGCCAUGGCAAACAGGAGGAGCAGACGCAAGAGCAGGAAGCCUCCAGCAGCGGAGGCGUAUGAGUUGGAGUAUGCUGAGGUGUCGGCUUAUAGGCGUGGGGCUCCAGCUCACACACACACACCAGCAGAGGCAGUGGAGUACGGAGAAGUGCGACUACAAACACACACACACCGCCGUGCUGACACACACACACCUGCACAGCAGGACAACAGUGUGUAUGCUCACGUGCGCCAAGGACAGUGAGGGCUGCACCAAUGUGUGUGUGUGUGAGUGUGUGUGUGUGGGUGUGUGUGCGCAUGUGUGUAUCCACGGAGAAGCAGCACAAAAAAAAGCUGCCGUGGAAACUGGGAGUCCGGGAGAAACCAUCUGGCAAGAUCCUUCAAGAUGAUAUGGAUUAUUAUCUAUAAACUCUGAGUCCGGGAGAAACCAUCUGGCAAGAUCCUUCAAGAUGAUAUGGAUUAUUAUCUAUAAACUCUGGGUCCAGGAGAAGCUAUAUCCUCGCAAGACCGUACAGCAGGAUAUAAACAUAUUGUUUUCCUUAAACUCUUUUCCCAAUUGUGUGUUGGUGUUUACCGUAUGUGAUUUAAGUUAUCUGUUAUAUGCACACUGUAGAGGGAAGGCGCUCAGCUCUACUUGUCAGCAGGACCCUGCCAUCUACACAGAGCGUUGUAGGUUUUAGCUGCCCGCGCUGUUGGGUAUGAUGAGAGAGGAAGGUCAGAACUCGUACAGCUUCUGGGGGUUACAUGCAGGGGGCGACACAACACACACACACACACACACACACACACACACACACACACACACACACACACACACACACACACACACACAUAAACACAGGUCCCCCAUGCAGAGAGGACACACACACUCUUAGGCCCUACAGAGUGGACACGCAUACACACACACACACACGCACACACACACACACACACACACACACACACACACACACACACACACACACACACACACACACACACACACACACAUACACACACACAGGCCCCCUAGAGAGGACACACACUUUUAGGCCACCCAAAGUGGACACACACACACACACAUACGGUUACUGUUUCUAAUUGAUAUCUGCUUGAUGAUUGUUCACUGACUUACUGUAUGUUUGUAAUAAUAAAAACAUGAGUACAUGAU